AGUUGCCAGGGCAACCCUGUGAGAAUAAGACCCUGCCUCUCUUGGUUUAACCUCGGAGAGCCUCCAGGCACCGGUGCGGGACUCCUUAUCUCCCACUCCAGAGCUCCUAGAUCUGGCUCCUUGGAGUAAGUCAGGUCCUGAGUUCAAUUCCCAGCAACCACAUGGGGGCUCACAACCAUCUGUAAUGGGAUCUGACGCCCUCUUCUGGUGCGCCUGAAGACAGCUACAGUGACUUAUAUAUAAUAAAUAAAUCUUUAAAAGAAAGAAAGGAAGAAAGAAAGAAAGAGAACUGUGAGUGGGGCCACCCAGAGGUGAUCGGCUUGGAGGUGGGAUUACCCCUAGGGAGCCAUCAAAGCAGACGAGUCUGGAAGACCUGACCUUUCAGUAUUUCUGUUUGUUUGUAUACAAGCCCUGGAUAAUACUGAAUCUCUGGUCCUCAUGCCUCCGCCUCCCCAGUGCCAGAGUAAGAGUCACGUGCCACCAGGUUACACUGAUGUGGGGAGUCAGGCUGUGCGCUUCACACGUGCCAGGCCAGCACUGAGCCAACUGACUGAGCCAUGCCCCGGCCCUCCUUGUUUCCUUUUAAAAUUUUCUUCCCAAUUGUAUUUAUGUGUGUGAGGAGGUCUGAGUCUCUCCUUCCACUAGGUGGGUCCUGAGGCCUUUGUUUUCCCAGUCUUCUCCUUAGCCUUGUUUGCUAGUUUUUCUGCCAGGGUCUCACUGUGGGCACUCAUGCUUCAGCCUCCUGGGAAUGGGGGACAAGUGUACAUCACACUCAGCUCCCAGCUCCCAGCUCCUUUACAUGAAAGCUCUUCCACAUCAUGGGUCUUUGUUCAUCCUUUGUCCCAAAAGUGUCCUUCCUGCAGCCCCGCCAGCAUCACCGUUUGCACUCAGCACUGUGGUCUCAGUACAAAGCUCAACUCCUCCAUGAAGCCUUCCUUCCUAUGUAGGAGCUGGUCCCUCUUACGUGUGCUCAUGGUUUCCAGCCCAUUAAGUCUAUGUCUACCUUUAUCAAGGUUCUGUCUACCCAUCUGUCUCUCCACAAGUCUGGAGGUCCCUGAGUCUGGGUGGCAUUCUCUCAUUUAUCUCAAGAUUCCUGAGACCUCCCACAGGGGGACAGGAGGAAGCAAGGCAGGGAGAACAACGGGAGGCCAAGGCCAACGGAAGGCACCAGUGACCCAGCUGCCUUGCAUGCAUUGUCUUCCAUGACCUGCUCAAGCCCCCAGUCUGUCCCCAACUCUUCAGAAAAGACAUGAGUCCCAUUGGCUGCCUCCUGUGGCUAGUAACUCCUAGCACCUCAUUAACAAAGAUGGCCCACCUCUCCCCAGGGAUGUGGACUGGGUCGAACUUAAAGCUCAGUUCAUCUUUGGCACCUUCCCGCCUCUUGAAGCUUUGUGCCUACCCCGCAGAUUCACCGCUGGGCCCCAAAGUUACCUUUCAGACAGAGCCUUUCGAUCCUCCAAACUCAGAUCCCAGGACACCUCAUCAGCUGGGAGCCUGAUGAAGAGCAUCUGGCCCAGGGAGGAAACUGAGGCAUGGUCAAAGAAUGUGACCCAUGUUCUGGCUACUGGGAACUUCUAAGGAAACAGAAAAAGGAAAGAGCCCGCCCCAGGAGUCUGCCCUCCCCAGUUCAGAAGAGCUUGGUUGUAGAAAGGACGGCCAGACAGAGCCAGAAUAGAAGGAACGAACCAAGAAAGCCUUUGAGUCCACCUGCCCACACACCAGGAGCUGGCCACACCUCUGUCUUUAGCUGUGUCUGGGAACCUCUCCUCCCAGGGAGACUUGAUACAGGCCCCAGGGGCACUGGGAGGUGGAGGGCACACAGCUGGGGGCAGGAUGCAGGAUGGAGGUAACCAGAGGGCUCCUCUGUAACGCUGAAACCUCACCACAUCAUAAUUUGAAAAACAACACUGGAGAGCAAAUUGUGGCUGAGAACAGGAACACACAUUCAAAUAACCAAUAAAGGUUGCCUCUCGCCAUGGGAGAGGAAGGAAGAUCCCAAAGUGGACCUCAGACCUGCCCACGCCUCUACAGAGACGACUGCCUCUGGAUCACACAUCCAUGAGAUGAUGCCUCUCAUUUCUUCCCUCAGACCAGACAACGUGACUUGGGAAUGUGGGGCGGGGUGUGGAUGAGGGGGUGGGGCUUUCACAUCACCUCCAACCAGUGCUGUACCACUUUGGAGAAACUGUUCAGUUUGUAGCCUUUAGGAAAGCCACGCUGGCCCAAGGGCAGUACGGUGGGAAGGUGCCCUCACCUGGUAUCACCCUCCUUCCAGGCUUAGGUAAUGGGAGGACUGUUGGGUAUGGGCUAAGCCUGGCCCCAGACCCCUCCCUGAAUCAAACGCAAAGUCCACAGAACCUUCCGCCCUGUUGCCAGGGAAGGCCAGCAAGUCCACUGGAGAUAAGGGCUACACUUUGGACUCUACUCCAUGGCCAGAGGACGGCCAUAGUGACGAGGAUCCCUGGGCCUACGCCCUUCCUGAUGCUAGGCUGGCUCCCUUUCAGGGUAACGGUCUAGGACAGGCAAGAGGGGAAAGGGUGCAACGCAGGGAAGGUUACCUGCCACAAGUCACUUGGUCAUUACCUCACCGCCUCCGCGUAGCGGCGCCCAACCUCUCAUUUACCCCUCAUUACCCUGGCGCCUGGCAGGGGUCUGGCCGGGAAGGGAAGACGCGCUGGUGGCCUGCGGGUGGCACUGGUUCCAGCCCCUGACCCCGACCAGGUGACAGAUUGCUGACUAGUUCAGGUGCAAAAGAAAGGGAGAAGGCACACACCGCGAAGUGAGCACUCCUGGUCUGGGGUUGGUGUACCGGAGUCCGGCUCCGUCCGGGUGACCGGGACCGCGACGCUGCACGGCUCCCAGGGAGGGGGAGGUGCCAGCCCGCGUCCCGCCCCUCUGCCGCCACCUUCACCUCCCCUCCCGGCCCCGUGCUGCCUGGUCCCGCGGGCCGCUCGGUCCUAGUCCCCAGGCUGGGACAGUGGGACUGCCAUCGCCAAAGAAGCUGACAACGACCCGGAUUCCCACCGGAUCCAGCGGGCAUCAAGGACAGCGGAAGCCCGGACACCUGCGCUCACAGGCCCUGCCUACUGCAAGGGAUGGGUCUUCCAUCCAGGUCUGGAAAAGAGGGGUGGAGUCCGGCAUCUGACUUGCAGCUCCAUGGUGGUGUCCUCAGAGGCUGGGAAAGACCGAACUUAGUGGGAGUGCAGCGGGUUGCCUCAACUAGGCUCGUCUCUACAGACCCUGUCUGACAGUUCUCCCGACUUCGCCAGAUUGUGCGUGGACGUGGGGGUCCAGAAAAGGGGACCCCCACCCCUUUCUCCUGGACAUUGGAGAUAUGAUCCUCUGGGGGUAACUCAGGAAAGAAACAAUGCAAACCUUUGAUCCUCCAAAUGAGGGCCCCCUCCAAGGCCUGGUUGCUUCCCGAAUUGAGACUUAUGGGGGCCGUCACCAGACCUCUGCCCAGAGUUCUGCUGGGAUUACAUAUCCCAGAGGAGGUCCUGCAUUGGACCUUAGUCGCCGACGCCUACAGCACUAUGUCCCCUUUGCCAAGGGUUCCGGCCAGACCCGAGGCCUGUCUCCUCAGGAACCAGACCCAGAGAAGAGACAUGGAAACUAUUUUGGGGUUGGCUCACCUUACUUCCCCAAAUUCAAGGAAGUCUCCAAGGCCCAUGAGCUAGAAGUGAGACUGCAUACAUUCAGCAUGUUUGGGAUGCCCCGCCUGCCACCGGAGGAUCGACGACACUGGGAGAUAGGAGAGGGGGGUGACAGUGCCCUGACCAUUGAAAAGUCCUGGAAGGAGCUGGUGCUAGGACACAAGGAGAUGAAUCGCGAGCUUUGCCACCAGCAGGAAGCACUGUGGGAGCUCCUGACCACUGAGCUGAUCUACCUGAGAAAGCUGAAGAUCAUGACUGAUCUCCUGGCAGCUGGUCUGCUGAAUUUGCAGCGGGUGGGACUCCUGACUGAGGUGUCAGCUGAGACCCUCUUUGGAAAUGUCCCCAAACUGAUUAGAACUCACCGGAGAUUUUGGGAGGAGGUGUUGCAGCCCAUCCUGGAAGACACUCGUACUUCUGGCCAACCUUUGGACCCUGUCAGCUUACAAAAUGGCUUCCUGACAUUUGGCCAGCGGUUCCAGCCCUAUAUCCAGUACUGCCUUCGAGUAAAGCAGACCAUGGCUUAUGCGCGGGAGCAGCAAGACACGAACCCGCUGUUCCGCACCUUCGUGCAGUGGUGUGAAAAACACAAGCGCUCCGGAAGACAGACACUGGGUGACUUGCUCAUCAAGCCUCACCAGCGCAUCACCAAAUACCCACUGCUGCUGCAGGCUGUGCUCAAGAGAAGCCCUGAGCCCCGAGCCCAGCUGGCCCUGGACAACAUGAUCGUAGCCGUGGAGUCCUUCCUGCAACACAUAAAUGGGCUGGUCCGACGGGGUGAAGAGCAGGAGAGUUUAAUGGCUGUGGCCCAGCGCAUAGGACCCUAUGAGGUGCUGGAGCCCUCCAGCGAGGAGGUGGAGAAGCACCUGCGUCAGUUCUCCACCCUGGAUCUGAUGACUCCUAUAGAAGGGGUUGCCCCUGAGAACACCAGGCAGCUGUUGCUGGAAGGGCCUGUGCGGAUGAAGGAAGGGCGAGAAGGGAAGAUGGAUGUGUACCUGUUCCUCUUCUCGGACGUGCUCCUAGUAACCAAACCUCAACGCAAGGUGGACAAAGCCAAGGUCAUCCGUCCUCCUCUCAUGCUGGAGAAACUCGUGUGCCGACCACUUCGAGACCCUCACAGCUUCCUGCUGAUCCACCUCACGGAAUUCCAGUGUGUCUCCAGUGCCCUCACCGUGCACUGUUCCAGUUCAACGGAGCGGACACAGUGGCUGCAGAAGACCCAGCAGGCUCAGGUAGGUGGCAGUUAGGCUUGGAGCAGGGUAAGCAUGCACCCCUGGAACUCAGGACUGACAUCACAGAUGGGUGAAGGAGGGCAGAGAGGCUGGGCUCAGUGCUGGUGCAGACUUGACCAGCGGCAGGUCGGAUGCGCUCCAGAGUCUGAGAAAGCCUGUGGCCAUCUACCAAGGCAGCUAUUGAGACGACCCAACACCUGGUACACCCUAAUGGUUUCCUCACACUGAAAUGGUGAAUUUCUAAACCUUAUCUUCUGUUCAGAGACACCUAUGGAGUGCUUUUUCGGGGCAGGCACUAGUGCUAGGUGCCAGGGAAUCAGAAAAGAAUGAAAACACAAUUCCUGACCUCCAGAUCUGUAGCUCAUUAGAGUCAUCAGGAUACAAAUAACAGAAGCGAGUAUACAGAACGGGGCCAUGCCUUCUAUCCCAGCAGUCUGCUGGAAAAGCCGUGGUGCUGAGGGAGGUUAGGGGGAGAAACCGUUGCAUCAGAACAGACAACGAAGCAGGAAGAAGGGAAUCUAUACAAAGAUCCAGAAAGAGGAAACAGUCAUGUGUUGAGAGAGGCACCGGACUGGAAGUGUCAAGUCAGCCCCAUCUCUCACAGGAACAGGACUGGAUCAAACACCUAGAGCUCAGUAGGGACCAUGUUCUCUAAACCUCCCAUUGCACCGAGUGUGUGUGUGUGUGUGUGUGUGUGUGUGUGUGUGUGUGUGUGUGUGUUUAUUAUGUGUGGUAUGUGUGUAUUAUGUUGUGGUGUAUGCAUGACUGUGUAUGUGACUGUAUUAUGUGUAUGGUUUACACAUAUGAUCCUGUGUAUGUAUUAUGUGUAGUAUUUGAAUAUGACUGUGUUGUGUGUGUGGUGUAUGUAUAUAACUGUGUGUGUCCUGUGUGUAUGUAUUUUGUCGUGGUAUAUGCACACGACUGUAUAUUAUGUGCGUAUACACAUGACUGUGUGUGUAUUAUGCAUACGAUUGUGUUGUAUUAUGUGUGGUGUGUGCAUAUGACUCUGUGUGUAUUAUGUAUGUGGUGUAUGCAUAUGACUGUAUGUAUGUGACUGUGUGUAGAAUGGAGUAGGAUGUUUGCUUGGCAUUGCCAGGGUAUAGGGUGGGUGCAGCAGAAGUUGAGUCCAUGAGGUAGUACCACGGGAUCCUGCCCGUCUCUAAAGGCCAGGCUAGGAACUUGAACUUUGUCCUGUAGACAAAAUGGAGCCAGUGGAGGUUUUAAACAGGGCAGUGAUGUAGGCAGACUUAAGGGAUAAGAGUAGGAGUUAAAAAAAAAAAAAAAAGAGAGACAUCAGUAAAGCUCCGUCAGUUAUAAACAAGUCAGCAGCUUUAAAAAUAAUAACAAGAAAACCCAAAAAACAGUAGCAGGGCUAGGGUGUAGCUCAGCGGGAGCGUGCGUGCUUAGCAUGCACAAGACCUGGAGUUGAUUGAGCCACAUUUCCACACAAACAAAACAAAACAUCCAGAAACAGAGUCCCUCACAAUUUUAAAGGCCACGAGCUCAAACUGGAGGUAUUGACAGAAGUGAGCUUUCUGCUCAGGUCCUAGGGGAGCACCUAUGUCUCAGCUGCUGAUGGCUUCCGUGGCCCUUAACUGGGACAGCAACUCCCGGCACCCCAUCUCUAGUUUUCCCCUCCAUGUAGCAGUGCCCAGACUUCCCUCCCUUUCUUAGAAAGACGCCAGACGUCCAGUUUAGAAUCCACCUGGAAUGCAUGAGGGAGUCUGUCUGAGAUCUUCACCUUGGGUCCUAUCACAUCUUCAAAGACCCAUUCCCCAAAUAAGGUCACAUUUAUGCUUUCUGGGGAAUGGGUUUCAGACCUGGCUUUCUCCAGGCAAACCCACCGUGGGAGCAGAAUAGCAAAGAUUAGCAUUAGAGGCUCCUUGUCUUGCUUGUUGGCAGAGCUGAGGCUCAAACCCAGCAUCUCUGCUGUAUUGGAAAAGCACUUGACCCCUGCACUCCACUCCCAGCCUCACGAAGUAAAAUGUUCAUUCACUCACUUACUUACUUGUGGGUGGGCAGGUGUAUGUGCAUACCACAAAUUUGUAUCACCACAUCUGUAAACUUCCCUUUACCAAAUUCCUCUCAAAUUUCUCCCUUUCCUUUGGUUCCCAAUCUUAGAACAAGCCUUCUCCCAAGUUCUCCCUUUGAACUUCUGGGAACCAGUAAAACCUGCUGGUGAGCAUAUGCAAAAUAACAGCCUCUGUUAGGCUCUGCAGGUCAUUUCUGCUCUAUGACCAAACUUUCAGUGAGGUUCCCAGCCACUCAAAGACCGAAAUACUGCAACACACACACACACACACACACACACACACGUGCACACACACACGUGCACACACACCACCACCACCACCACCACCACCACCACCACCACCACACCACACAAGGGUGACAGAAUAUCUCUUAGUCCCUUCACUGCUCAGGGCUGAAAGUUUUUCUUCUUCCCAUUGCAGAAAUGUUAGUGAGAUGGCUUCCUUGAGGGCUUACAGAGGUGGCUUACGCUUUAACAGAAAAAUGAGCUUGCAGUGGGGGCGGGGAGGCUUCAUGGCUGGGAGGAGGGAAAGGAACUACAUCUGAGGGGAACAGGAACCCUCAAAUGUAAAGGCCAAGAGAUGAAAGUGAAGCCAAUUAAACUAAAGCAAGAUUUAGAGGACAGGCCACAGCCCACCCUGUGUUCUUGGCAAACUUUCUAAGCGUCUGGGAAGGUACAGUGAUAGCAAGCCAGUGGCUUGGCAUGAGGCCAUGUGCUUCGUGGGUGUUUCUACAGGUGUGUUUCAUUGUGACACAAGGGAGAGGGUGCUCCUAUAAUCUCAGCACACAAAGCUGAGGCAGGAGAAUUGUGAGUUCAGGGCUAGCCUGGGCUAUAUAGCAAGUUCUGGAUCUGAGCUGCAUCGAAAGACCCAGUCUCAGAAAAAUGAAGAAGAGAAAGGAGGAGAAAGAAAGAAGAGAGAAGAGGAAAGAGAAGAGGAGGAGGAAAGAGAAGAGGAGGAGGAGGAGGGCAGAGCUGGAAGGCGGCUUUGGUGUUGGUGGCUGAGAGGCGGAGAGCUCCUUCUAAAGAUCUCUUGUCAUACCACACUACUGGGGAGACAGUGGGUGGAUGUGGUAAUCCCAAUGAAGUGCAGAGAGAGGAGGCAUUCUCUCUUGGGGAUUCUCCACAGGAAUCUUGCUUGGGAGCCCUCCCCCCUUCUUUCUUCAGCUUUGUGGGGGAGGGGGCGCUCCUAUAAUCUCAGCUAUGCUCUAGCUCCUUCUUUCCCACACCACUCACCAUGGCUCUCCUCUUGCUGUAGCCAGGAAGAUUUCCCCGCCCGACCAACGCCCCCGUCCCCCAACCCCCAGGGGGAUUCCCCAACCCCUGCCUUUCCUGGGGAGGGUCAAGGGCAAGCUUAGUGAAGACAGGUCAGCAGAUGUCCUUUAACUAAGACUUCCUCUUCUCAUCCUUUCCCUUCACACCAACCCUAUCCUCAGCACCCAUCACAAACUGAACUUGGGUGUAUGGGGCAAAGGGCAUGGCUUCUCCUCAUAACAGGCCAUGCAGCUCCACCACCGUCCUUCUGCUCCUACCCUUCCCCACCUCACACUGAGUAGAAAGAUGAAGACUGGGGAAGAGGGAGGAGACACAGGAACUGGCCCAGACUGCCAGCUUCCUGCUCUCAGCCUCUGCUCUGGUUCAGUGACUGGGAAGCCAGGGAAAGGAGAGUUGUCAAGACUGUCCCCUUGAUAUCACUUUCCUAUGCCUGCCCAACCCUCCUCCAACAUGUCUCACCCUGACCCUCCAUCCCCACCCCACCCUGCCCUCACCCUCAUCUCCUACCAAAGCUUUGGAGACACCCAGGAGCCCCAGAGCUGCUGCCUCACACUCUCCACACUUCUGAGAAAGUACAAACAUGGAGCUAGGAGGCUGACUUAGCAUCAGUCAGAAGAGAGCAUUGUAUGGGGUUAGGGGACACUUGAGGUCCCCGCUCUAUGUCAGAUGCAGCACCUUAGCUGCCACUGAGGUGGGGAUGCCAAAGGGAGGAGAUAAAAGACUCCAACUACAGUCCUUUCUUUCUUUCCUUCUUUUCUUUCUUUCUUAUUUCUUUUUAAAAAAGAUUUAUUUAUUAUGUAUACAGUGUUAUGCUUACAUGUAUGACCCUCCACCAGGAGAGGGCACCAGAUCUCAUUACAGAUGGUCAUGAGGCACCAUGUGGUUGCUGGGAUUUGAACUCAGGACCUUGGGAAGAGUAGCCAGAGCUCUUAACCUCUCCACCAUCUCUCCAGCCCCUCUUUUUUCUUUUUGAGAUAGGGUCUCACUGUAUAAGUUCUGAUAGGUCUUGGACUCUCCAUGUAGAUUGGGCUGGCCUCAAACUCAGAGAUCCGCCUGCCUCAAGUGGACACACCUAUGAAUAUUGGUGUCCAUUCUGCGCACAGCAGCUGCUUCUACG